UUGCCUAGAUAGCAUAGCUGUUUUCUCAACUGCUGUAUUCCACUUCUGCACUCCUUCUUCCAGAGAGCUGCUUUUCAGGAAAUGAGCUCCACCUCCUGCUCUGCGUGCUUUUGUCCAACCUCCUUCUCCCCUACCUGGACUCUGCCCUUCUUUUUUCACUUGUAAACUGGCACUCAUUACACAGACAAGCAGGAGCUUGUUCUCAGAUGCUACCUUGGUCACCUUCCCAUCUGCUGCUUGCUCAAGUCCACAUUCAAAGUUCUUCUGUAUUAGGCUUUGAGACCAUCUGGCUGGAAAACCCUGGAAUGACCUGACUUGCUCCCACCUGAGGAUGGUCGCUUCAGUCCCACCCUGCUGUGACAGUAUGCAUUGGAAAUAAAGUUCAAUAAUACUCAACUCCAUCCAAAAUAAUGGCUGCCAUUUUCUGUGAGAACUGUUCCUUUUCAUAUUUUCAACAUGGCCAAGCCUCCCAUCAUUCUGAAGCUAGUGGAGCUCUUCUGCUCAUCAUGCUUGGGAAAGUCAUGCUCAAUCUAUUUUUGUUACAAGUCCAAAAACCAAAUCUCCGUGAGAGUUAUAUGGGCUAUUUCUGCAAAUCACUAGCCUUUGUUGACUUUGUGCUUCUAGCAACUAUGUCCUUCAUCGCCUGUUUUCAGGAUUUCAUGCUUUUAGGCGUCCGAUUUACUGUGUAUCAUAUCUGUCUUCUGGCUCAGAUAGCAGCCCUUGCCUAUGGAAUCCUAUUUUACCCAGUUUCUUUUGUAGCUGGUUUGGAUUAUUACUUUACAAUAACCCAAACUUCCAAGCAUCCUAACAUGUGUUGGCGAACACUAUACACAGUUGCUGUUGCCUUCACGUGGAUUUCAGUUCUCUGCUAUGUUCUGAAUCUUCCAGGCAGCUCUAUAGGACUUGAGGUAAGCCAUUCCAAUUCUGCCUACCAGUGCCCUUUCUACACCAGCAGCCAGAGCUACUGGCUGACGGUAGGCAUGCUGUUUAUCAUAUGCCUGGUUCUUGUAUUCUGUUGGUCAGAAGUUGUGGACAUGGUAAAAUCAAUGAAACUAAUUUCCAUCGAGAGAGAGGUUGUUUUGUUCUUCCCUUACAUGCCUGAGUGCAGCCUCAGAGACUCUGCGAAGCAUUUUUUGACAAGACUUCUUAUCUGCUUUAUUGGCACUUGGGCACCAUUUGUGCUCCUUCAAAUGCUAAUCCUGUUCCUUGGUGCAGAGAUUCCUGCUUGCAUAGAGAUGAACGUUCCCUGGCUUUAUUUUGCCAACAGCUUUAUUAUUGGAAUCGCAUUUUGGGUCAGGCGCCACCAGAUUGAAAUGACAGAAGAGACUUGGGAUGUGGAUCCAUUUGUCAGCUGGAAAUUCUGCUUUGCCCCAUUCAAUUGCCAAGAUGAAGAGAAAACUCAAAAGCCCACCACCCAAAGUUUAAUCUGUUAGCAAGCAGCUGCGAGAGGUGAAUAUUGAGUUACCAUAAUAGCUUGGGGGAAGAUUGUAUUAUUCUGCGCCAUUUGUAAAAUUUUGUAGGUUUUUUUGGGGAGGGAUCACCAAUAUGUGUGUGGUGCUAUAAUGUAAUUGUGUGCUGUUUACCAAGUUGGAUUCCCAGUAUGUUUACUUCAAAAUAAUGACAAAUUACUGUCAAAGGUGCCCAACAGUGUUGUUUGUAAUAAUAACCAAAUUCUGCCCUCAUCUCAUUCAAGGCUCUCAGAUCCAGUGGAGGCUACCAUGGAUGGAAGUAGGCAGUUGUUGCAAUUUCCACCUUUCUCUUGCAGCCCUCAAUGCCACCUUCCCUGCUCCCACCAAAUGCUGUCCCAAAGGUUUCCUCAACCCUUGGAACAGAUUUGGGGAUGGGGGCAAGGGCUGCAGAAGGAAGGGGGAAUAAUAGAAAAUUGCCUCCUAGCGCCCGUCCAUGGAAGCCUCGACUGGAUCAAAGAGCUUCUAUGAAUGGUUGCAAUUGGGAAAAACACCAAUGGCUAAAAUGUUUUGAUUUGAAAGAAAAGACAGUUAAAUUGAUCUUUUAAUCCUUGAUGAUACCUGAUGGGUGCGUAUUUUUAUGUUUUAUUACAAAUACUGUGUAUGUGUGUUUUAAAUUUUAUUUUCCCUCUCUGAUUAUUUGCAGGGGAUUGCUGGGUUGUUCUUGCUUUUAUUUUGAUUAUAUAUUUUGUGUUUUUAUAUUGUAUAGGGUGGUAUAUAAAUAAAUAUAGUUUUAUUACACAGCGUUUGAGCAACAUACUUGAAAUAAAAUAAUCAGUGGCUGUCACUCUUCCCUCAACGUGAAAAAAGACAUCAAACUAGACAAAUGGAAGUAGCUUUUAUUUCUGCAGCACUGUAUUCACACUUUCAAUGUAAAGUUCAACUAUAAACCAAGUUGGUGAUGCUGUAGGUCAAAUAUUUAACCCCACAGGAAGCAAAUAUUACCACAUAAGAAUGCUCAAUUUAAAAAAAAGUGUGCGCCAAUAACAAAAGGUGCAAUUACAAGCAAAUUGAAGCAGCAAUAGUAUAAGGUGCUUUGAUUCAUCCUUUGUAUAAUCUGAUUAUUCAUGGACAGAUUUAAUAACAAGUAAAUUUUACAUCACUCCUACAGACCA